UUAGUAGCUACAUCAAUAGUACUUCAAGUGAUUAUGUGUAAAUCCCUUUUUUGGAAAGCAAAAUAAAAAGUGUGCCUGCGUUUUGACGCAUAAGCGCUCGAUCUAAUCCCUCUAUGACGUGAAUGACAUAGCCUAAUUACAGAGGCUGUGAAUGAUUCUUUGAGUAACCUAGCGAAAUUAUUGGGAGACGAUGCUCGUCAUACACAGAUGUUCAUUAAAAACUAAUUACGGCGCAAUGCCGCCGUACAGAGGUGUCAUCUCUAUCAUUUCUCAGUCAUCACAGUAGUUUAAAUGGCUCGAAACGCGUCCCUUAUAUUCGCGUCUGCUGCUGGUGACGUCAUAAAGAGAUGCAGAAGUGAGUUUCACAACCCGAAAAUAAAUAAAUAAAUAAAUAAUUCUGAGCGCCGUGGUGGCACGCGCACAGUGGGCUCGCGCGCUCGCGGCAUUUGCAGCCUCAAAAAAAGGCUCCCUCGUUUUGACUGGCUGCGCAGGUAAGACCCGCUCGAUUUAGAAAGACAAAAAAAAAAAUAAAAAAAAAAAAAACCCCAAACCGCCAGGAAUUCUUAGAUACCGUACAUUACAAAUAAACUUCUGCUUGUGAUGGGCAGAAACGCGGUGAGCUGUGGAUUAUAUUUGAUUUCAGCGCACGCAGUUUGUCGUGCAAAUAUGUUGGCUUGUCGAAAAGUGGACAUGUUAAACGUGUGAGGAUCUGUUGUUAUACGACAGUGUUUUUUUUUUUUUUUUCAAAAAAGGGACACUGCACCUCUGCUCGAGGUAUUGGAUGCAGAUACAAGGAGCCUUUGAGCAGCCCCGGAGAACUUGUUAGGCAUACCAAGAAGCUCCACAAGAGGCGAAUCUAUUUCGUGCUGUUUAAUUAGCCUACCAAGGAACUAUUUUGUGGAUGAUUCGACAGUAAUAUGCGGGAAUUAAAUAGCAACCUCAAGAGCUUUGAAAAAAGCAACUACAUCUUAAUGCACAAGAAAUGUAGACUCGACUAGCUCUCCAUUCGUUCCCUGAUUCAACACCCCAUUUGGAGAGAGUGAGGGUGCUGGAGUGAAAGCAGAAUCAACAGAAAACAGGAUCUUUUCAGCCUAAAUCAUGAUUGCACGGAUACUUUACUUUUUUCUUUGGUCUGCGGCAUUUCUACCCGAGCUGCAGUGCGCUUCUCAGAGAGCCGCGGACGCACUUGCUACUUUUCCCACGUCCGCUUUCAUCAACGGCACCGACAGAAAGGAUUCCAACCAGACCUCCACCUCUCGGAUCAAAAGGAAGACGCUCUCGGUGGAUUUCGCCGUCCCGUCGCUGUUGCGUUACUACUUGGCUCUGUUUAUAAAGCGCCCGCUUAACGGAGACUGUCUGUCGUUUAACGGAUGUUACACGGUACGCGCGAACUUGCUCAUGCGCUGCGUUCCGUUGCAAAAAACCAUCGCCAGUUUGCUUGAUGUAAAGUUGGCAGCGAUGAACGUCAACAGAUCCAGCACUGGACAGCUCCCGUUUCGACAGAAGCGGCCCGUGCCGAAAGUUUUGAAUUUGGGUUUGACUAACGCCAGUCGAAAGUCUAAUCAAGUUGUGGUGGAGGUGGGCGAAGAUAUGGUUAAAACGGGAUGUGGAGGACUGCAUGUGUACGAGGACUCGCCGGUUGUGUUCCUGGAAAUGGACCUAACGCGGAUUUUGGAGUGGUGGCUGGGUGCUGAGGGAGGCCGUCUCAGGGUUCGAAUCAUGCCCGAGCGGAAAGCACAGGUCCCAGGGAAAGAGGAAAAGUACUCUGCUGCCAUUAGAGCUUCGGACGCUCGCCUCUUCCUAAACAUAGCCUCAAGUGAACGACCCUCAUCCCCAAACUCAGGAAACCCCACCGCCGCCCCCAAAUACUGGAACUUUUCUUGGAUAGCAGAGGACGAGCUAACGUUCCCUGAGGAUCCUGUAUCAUCUUCAGAUUGCUCUUCAAAGGGAAAGUCAUGUGACCGUGGGCCUGCUGGAUAUUAUCCUGAGUUCGCUUGGAGUUUAACAUCUGCAGAGGACUCCUGGGCGAAAGACCAAACAAUGGCAAAGACAAAAGCAAGUUCCCAAGGGUGGGAGGAAGGUAAAGAGCUUCCGUUUUACACUGUAAAAGAUGUUUUCUCAAUGCAGCUAUGAGCUUUACAUGGUAAAAUGAAAAUGAAUUGGUUUUCAAGUCAAAAACAUUAAAACAUUACAAAAGAAUGAAUUAACCUGACUAUAU